AUGGCUCCCCACGCCGACGAGACCACCCGCUCCAAUGGCAGCGACCCGGCGUCGUCGAGAUACCACGCCUCGUCCACAAAGGGUGCCAUUGCCGCCGAGAACGAGUACGCCGCACACAACUAUCACCCAAUCCCCGUCGUCUUCUCCCGCGCACAGGGCGUCAACGUCUGGGACCCCGAGGGCAAGCACUAUAUCGACUUCCUCUCUGCGUACAGCGCCGUCAAUCAGGGCCACUGCCACCCCGAACUGAUCAAGGCCCUCACCGAGCAGGCCGGCCGCCUGACCCUGAGCUCGCGCGCCUUCCAUAACGAUGUCUUCCCCGUCUGGGCCGAGAAGGUCCGCAAGACCUUCGGCUAUGACAUGGUUCUGCCCAUGAACACCGGCGCGGAGGCUGUGGAGACGGCUAUCAAGAUCGCGAGGAAGUGGGCGUACAGGGUCAAGGGCGUCCCGCAAGGCAAGGCCCUUGUCUUUGCUGCAGAGGACAACUUCCACGGACGCACGAUGACCGCUAUCUCGCUGUCGACCGAUCCCGAAUCUCGCGACAAUUACGGCCCCUAUGUGCCCAACAUCAGCGCUUCUAACCCCUCGACUGGCAAACCGAUCCGCUACAACAACAUCGCCGAUUUGGAGGAGGUUCUCGAGAAAUACGGCAAGGAGACUGCCGCAUUCAUUGUUGAGCCCAUCCAGGGUGAGGCAGGUGUGGUGGUGCCGGACGAGGACUACCUCCCCAAGGUGUCCGCCCUCUGCAAGAAGCACAAUGUGCUGUUCAUCUGCGACGAGAUCCAGACCGGUAUUGCUCGAACCGGCAAGAUGCUCUGCCACCAGUGGGCCGGCAUCAAGCCCGACAUCGUGACGCUCGGCAAGGCCAUCUCGGGCGGCCUGUACCCGGUGAGCUGCGCGCUGGCCGACAAGGAGAUCAUGAUGGUCAUUGAGCCGGGCACGCACGGAUCCACCUACGGCGGCAACCCGCUUGGAUGCGCCGUGUCUCUGCGCGCGCUGGAGCUUGUGGACGAGGAGGGCUUGAUCGAGAGGGCAGAGCGCCUGGGCAACAUCUUCCGCGAGGGCAUUACGUCUUUCAACUCCCCGAUCAUCACCAAGGUCCGAGGCAAGGGCCUCUUGAACGCCGUUGUCAUCGACGAGUCAGCCGCCGCAGGCAGAAGUGCUUGGGACCUGUGCCUCCUGCUCAAGGAAAAGGGCCUAUUGGCCAAGCCGACCCACGGGAACAUCAUCCGAUUCGCGCCGCCGCUGGUCAUCACCGAGGAGGAGCUACGGAAGGCGCUCAGCAUCAUUGGAGAGGCGCUGAAGGAGCUGCCGACUGCGAACAAAGCGGAGGCACAUUAG